CCAAUGCCGUGAGCUGUGCAUCUGGAAGCCGGGGCUGUCAGAACGCGUCCAGCCGGGCUCUCCGACUCAGCGCUCCGGUGCUAUGGCCGCCCCGCCGCAGCUGCGGGCUCUUCUCCAGGCUGUCAACACGCUGCUGCGCAAGCGCCGCUACCACGCUGCAUUGGCCGUACUUAAGGGCUUCCGGAACGGGGCUGUCUAUGGAGUCAAAAUCCGGGCGCCUCAUGCACUGGUCAUGACCUUUCUCUUCCGGAGUGGCAGUCUCAGACAGAAGCUGGAGGCCAUUCUGAAAGCCACGUACCUCCACUCUCGGAACCUGGCCUGCUUUGUGUUCACCUAUAAGAGUCUCUGUGCCCUCCAGUCCCACGUGCAAGGCGAGACACACCAGAUGCACUCUUUCCUGGCUGCCUUCAUCGGGGGCAUCCUGCUGUUUGGGGAGAACAAUAACAUCAAUAGCCAGAUCAACAUGUACCUGACGUCACGCGUCCUGUUCGCCCUGUGCCGCCUGGGAGUGGAGAAGGGCUACCUCCCCAAGCUCACGUGGGACCCGUUCCCCUUGCACACGGCAGUGAUCUGGGGGCUCGUGCUGUGGCUCUUCGAGUACCACCGGCCCACGCUGCAGCCGUCGCUGCGGUCCUCCAUGACCUACCUCUACGAGGACAGCAACGUGUGGCACGACCUCUCGGACUUCCUCAUUUUCAACAAGAGCCGCCCCUCCAAGUAGCGCGGCCCACAGCGCUACAGUGUGCCCGCCCUCGCGGGGAUCCCGCCUUCUGAGUCACGGACCUCACACUCCAACUUGCAUUAUCCCAGGGUUCCAUUUGCUGAAGUAAAAGUACCCACCAGGUACUUUUGAAUAGUGUAGCAAGUGGCUGGAGCCCGGCUGAGGAGUCUGGGCCUUCCUUGCAGCUGCUCCUCCGACUUCUGUAAGGCCCAGGCGAGCCGCAUUGCUCCCUGGACCCCAGGCCGCUCAGUUCAGGGGAGGGCCCAUGAGGGAGAGUUUCUUCCUGGCAGAUAUGAUAGCCCUCCCCUGCACUGUGUCAGAGGGCAAUAGGUUACAAAAAAAAGAGAAACGCUAAAUUCUUUGUCUAAGUUAUUCUAUUGAGAAGCUGUGGGGCCUCACUACCCAGUAGGAACACAGCAUGUGCCACAUGUGCCCUUAAGGUCCUUCGAGAGCUGGAGGGCUAGCUUAGGAUACCGCACUUGCCAAGAUCCUGCAAGACCCUGAAGACCUCGCCAGCGCUGAGAACAAAACUUCUAAACUUACCAAGAAGGCUGUGGCAGUAGGGUUGUGAGUUUCAGGCCAGCAUGGGAUGCAUAAGACUAUGUCUUUAAAAAAAAGAAAAAAGAAAGAAUGAAGACAGAAAGAAAAGGAAAAAAGGGCUAGGCAGAUGGCUCUCUGAGUAAAGGUGCCUGUCCACCCGAGUCUGAUCCCUGUGUUCCACGUUAGUGACCUGUUGGAAGAAGAGACCCAGACCCUGCAGGUUGUCCUCUGACCUUCACAUGUGCCUUGUCGUUUACGUGCGCAUGCACACACAUGCAUAGGCACAUAUACGGUAAAUGAAAAUAAAGAUUUAAAGAACAUCUAA